GGCUGUCAGUCUGUUCAGUGCGUGUGUGCUUCAAAAUUAUUAUUCUUGAUUCUGAUUUUCGUUAUCCCUUCUUGUAUCCAGUGUUUGAUCAGCAUGAUACGAUUUCUACUGAUAGUUGUAUUUGUCAAUACCGCUGUCUGAUCGCAUCAAAUAUUAUCAUUUAUUGAUAAAUAUUCAUUCCUUCGCGUAAUCAUAUUUGGCUAUUCGGGUGGUGCGAUAUAUUGCUCGCGAAAAUGUGACGUUGCCGUGUUUCGUACAAAAAGUGGAAGAUAUUUUUGAAAAAAAUUAUCUCGCCAUCACGGCUCGAGAAGUGCGAUGUAACUUGUGGCCUCGGGUAUUCAAGAUCUUGCCAGUAGUUCUGUUGUCGUUCAGCGUUUCGUCAAUAUUUGCUCAAUCAGUUUGGUGAUGGAUAGUCUGUCCAGAUCGCAGAAAACGAGGCUUUGUCUGUUCUGAAGAGUCGGAAGGAGUUCGAAGAGAUUUUCAGUGUGUGUUCAUAAUGUGAUUGUGCGAAUCAAGUUGAAGCUUUGGAGCUAAACAGAAGCCGAGUGAAGGAUAGUGAAUUAAUUGUAUUCGACUUCCUACUGAGCGAAGUUGAUUGUCAGAAAUGUCCCAACCGAAUCAUUUCCAGCCUUGGAAGCAGAGUCGGCCUUCCACAAUGUCUUUACCGAGCGCAGUCGUUGCCAACAAUCAUGGAAAAUUACCUGCUGUAGCCCACCAGGCUUUGCAAUCAAUGCAGCAGCAACAACAACAACAACAGCAACAAUCGACAAUUUUGCACAAUCAUCAGCCCGGUCGAGUUCCGAUCGGACUUCCUACGUCGGUAGUCCAGACGGCAGCAGCAUCCUCUUCGUCAUCAUCGAUUUCAUCUUCGACGUCCGCGUUAGUGUCCGGAGGAAUCAGUGCUGCUGCCGGUGGAAUCAGUGACUUUCUAUCGCAGCUGGGGGCCGAUAAGAUGACGUUAAGCAAACUGAGUGCCAGUUACGGGCUGACCAAUUUCACAACCGGAAUGAUGAUGAACCAGGAUCAGUCGUUAGCCGGGCAACAGCAGCAAAUACCGGCACAAGAUCAGCAUCACCCGAUGAGCGACGAUUGUGCCAACGACAAAGAGCGAGAAUUUCGGAUCCAGCAGAUUUUCGAAAACGCUAUCGGUGAUAGCUCCAAAAAGCAAAUCGUUGAUAUUCUAGAGAAGAUUUCAAUUCUUCGACCACCAGAACGUUUACUCUUGUACCUGCGUAUGCCCGGUGGAUAUCCUGAAACAGAUCCUCUCCGACAGUCUCAGAAUCCGCUGGGUACCCGUUCCGAGAUUAAUCACACCAUCAACUGGGUCCGUUCGCACCUGGAGCAUGAUCCAAACGUGUCUAUUCCGAAACAGGAAGUGUACGAAGAUUACACAUCUUACUGUGAGCGAAUCGACAUCAAACCCCUGUCGACGGCAGAUUUCGGCAAAGUGAUGAAACAAGUAUUCCCUGGGAUACGUCCCCGGCGCUUGGGGACACGCGGUCACUCCCGCUACUGCUAUGCGGCAAUGCGCAAAGCAACCAAACUGGCAGCACCCAAACUGCCCGAUCUCAUCACCGGAAAUAGCGGAGAGAAACCCGAAUCCGACAACCAGAUACCCAGUGACGAGGAAGCAUGGAAGGUCAUAAAGAUAUGGGCCGAGGCGAUGCUUUCCGGUUCGUUUGGAUCGAUUAACGAACUGGCCGGUUUCAUCACAAAGAACAAUCUCAACUCACCGGCCAACAUCGCCAGUCGACAGUUGCUGCAGAAAAAACUCCUACAGCGGGAGAUUAAGGAGAGAAAGAAGCUCAACACCGCUGCUCUCAAAAAACGUCGACGAAAACGCCGGAAGACCCUUUCGACCAGUAUCGACUCCGAUGUUGGUCCCUCCGAGCUUACGCUGCCAUCUUUCAUUCAGUCAUCUGAGCUUCCUGCAUCAUCACGCGUUAGCAACGCACAGCAAACCCCAAGUACAAAUGCAUUUGCUGCUGCGGCUCCUGCUAGUGUUCCUGGUACGUUGCAUCCCCCGCCCCUACAACCACCACCAGCACCAACCACCGCACUGCAGCAAACCAUUAAACACGAACAGCAGGAUUUUACCGAUGAAGACAACAACAACACCUGCAUCGGUCGGCCCUGCGAUCUUCAGAAGCAACACCAGGAAAAGCAGCAGCAGCAGCAGCCGCGCCUUCAAAGUACAAAUCCUAACUGUGAUACUAGCAACAGUGUCUUAAAUGCGACAACGAACAAUCCAGCAGCGGUGGUGGUGGGACGGGAAAUGCGUAGCCCUGCCGAAGAGUACAACAUCUUCUGUAAGAAAGUUCGCCAAGCCCAGCAGUUGAAGGCGGCAGCUCAGAACCAGCAGGCUCUUCAAACCCUUCCGAGUCCGCUAAGACCGCCGAGUGCUGCGGCAAAACGGGCGGCCUCGAUAGCGCAUUUAACACGGCAGAAACGUUUCCGAUUGUUGCAACAACAGCAGCAGCGAGCGAUCGAAGCCCAAAACAAUUCUGCCCCACGGUAUGACGAGAUGGGUAAUUUGAUACUGAUCGAAUCGCAGGAUCUGGUUACGAGCAAGGAAGAUUUUAUUAUUCCAAGAGAACGGGUAAUUAGCAUUUGCAACAUGGACAAAAAUGCGCUGGAUGAUUAUUUGAAUUGUGAGGAAGAGAAUUCCCAGGAUCAAGAUCAGGAGCUACUGCAGUACUUCCCGGAGGAAAAUCAUACCGGUUCGAUGAACUCGCUAACGACGUCGGCGGGAAGUAAUGCCGGUACCGGUGGAUACGGCGGAAUGUUUGACGACAACGAGACAAAUUUAAAACUAUCGCAGUUGAGAAGCAUGCUGGAGCAAAACAUGGCGCAGAGUGGAAUUGACAAACCCCAGGUAGGUGGACAGGUCGAUGGUUUCGAUGGAACAGUUAUUGGACAGCAGAUUGGUUUACAACCUGGAUCCGCCGCAGCAUCACUGGCGAUGCUUUCGCAGCGUCAUCAUGGAACUGGCACCAAUAACUUAGAUGUUCCCACUUGCAGUAACACAGAUGUAAAAAAGAAUCUGAACUCUGGCAUGAAAUUGACACUAGAAAACUGUUUCAAUAGUUCCGUUGGAGCGACCGUUAACAAUGGAGCAGCUCCAUUGCAAAGUCCUAACGGGCGACAAAAAAAUUAUAAUUUCGUACCCAUUUCUGCAGGUCCCCAGUCACCGAGAGUACCGUUGGUAAAAUCAACCAUUCGGAACGGUACCCCCAAUGCUAGUCCUUUCGUUAGCCCUAGAAAUACGCCAAUACAUCGCAAAAACAAAGCAGCUAAUAAUGGCCUUACCCUAAAUAUUUUGCAGCAAAAUCAACAGCCCAGUCAGUUACCCGGAUUCCAACAACGUCCUCCGUUCGUAAAGAAUGAACUGUCCGCGUCCGCUCCUCCAAGUCCAUCGUUGGCACCGAAUUACCGAUUUGGAAUCAACACCAAUUCUUUGAAUUGCCCCAAUACCAUGCCUUCGUUUCAACCAAUCUGUGGGCCGUCAUCACACUUGCAAACUCAUCCGAACGUAACCGGAUCGAUGGAAUCCCGGUCCAGCAGUGUUCCCUUGAUUCCUAACUACGACGGAUACAACCAUUCCAACUAUACUUCCGUUUCUCAAACGCCCGUUCCCUCAGAGUGCGAUGAUUUUUCCGAUCCCAACAAUAUUCUGGAUAUGCUAAAUGAACCCUCGCCAUCUUCAAACAAUCUCCCGCAGUCGAUUAAGCUCGAACAAUCGGAACCGAUGAUGUCGGACAUUCUGGAUGACGAUAUGUUCCCGAAAGCAUCCGUUCCCUACAACAGCAUCUCGCGUUCAGUGCCAUCAACGCCUCUACCGCACCAAAUGCCAUUCACCCAAGGCAACCCGAACUGUACUUCUAGACUUAGCUCCAACAUGGAGAGAACGUCCAAAUCACUGUUCGAACUUCCCAAAUCGGUGCCUUCGACCCCGAUCACCGUGAACAACGGUCGCGAAUCUAUUUUCCAAUACAGCCCGGAAGCCCCACGCGACUGUCUCAUCAACGGGUUAUCUUCGUUCUAUAAAAAUCAAUCUACCACCGCAAAUGCCGAUAUAAACUCGACAACCGGAGAACAAACAGGAAGUGUCAACGAAACUGCUACCGCACCACUCCCAUCGGCCGGGUCGGGUUCGGAAAUGUCCGUACUAGGCGAAGGCAUCGAAAGUCUUACCGAUGCCCUGAUAGGAUCCGAUACGUUGCGAUAUCUGUAGAGAGAGAGGGAGACAGAGAGUAUCAGUCCAGUCAACAGACCGGUAGGUAAAUCAAAGUGCAAACUCAUUCGCGCCCGUGUACCGUACCGUGUUCACUCAUUCACUCGGCAGCAUCAGCAGGCAUACAAUGUAGUUACAAUGUGUACUUAUUUUAAAAGUAAUUUAUUCUACACGUGCCAACGAAACGGCACAGCUCUCACCCGCCACCCGGUCUGGUUUGGCUGGUUGAGUGAGCGCACCCACCACCGCAUAUGCAACGGGACGGAGACGGUGCGUUAAAGUGAUGGUUAUUGUUGGUGGUUUAUUGAUUCAUUAGGUACAUUCGUUGAAAACUUGUUUCGUUGUUUGACUUAUUAAUUAUUGUCAGAUGCCCAUCUGCUGUUUUUCUAUGAUAAUACAGCAUCAUUUCUUUUCUACAUUCGAUUCAGCCCGAAGCAACGCGCGACUAGAUUUCAUUCCUUCCGACGCCGACAUUGACCUUGAGAGAAGUGCGACGCUUAUAACUCGUCUGGCCGUCCGGCAGUCUCCGGUUUCUCUCCUACGAGAGUCAAUGAAAACAAGCCGAAGAGUGGUGGGGGAAUAGUGGAAAUAGUUUACGGAAUGCAACUGCACGUGUUGCUGAAAUGCGAAAUGAAUUAGAUUGGCUAUCUAUGGCUAUAUGUUGGGUGUGUGAUUUUUGUCGUGGCCGCACAGUAGAAGCAUGUGUUGUUCGCUACAAUGCGACAGGAGUUUGUAAAAGAUUGGAAUUGUUAGCAUUUUCACAAUGUUGACAAAUAAAAUAGAAUUGGAAUGGAGUGAGAAACCCAGAUCUUAAGUAUUUGUGAACGCAAAAUGAAAACAAAUACUUUGUCGACGUAUGGAAUGAGUAUAUUAUUUCAACAUUUUCACUAGUACGAACUAAGACAAGACACGUUCGUCAUAGAGCUUUUUAAGCAGAACAUUUCGAUUCUACACACCCGUGCGUGUUUCACUCAUAUGUACUCAAAAAAUGAUGUCAAGACCGUCUGUCGGCUGUCUGGUUCAUGCGGUAGUCAAAAAGGAGUGUUAUACGAAAAAUUACUAAUCGGCAGAGUUCGACUUUCAUGUGGUAUUAUAAUCAUCCAGUCGACCGGAAAUGCAACAUGCAUUACUGCAUCGUUCAAAAUGACGCCGCCGCCGCCGCCACUAUUGGUUGCAAUCGUUGGGUUAGAAAGUUCACUGCACGAUGGAGAAGUGUUUUAUUGUUUAUUUUUUCUCUCUCUAUAUAGUAUAUUUUUAUUGCUAGCGCGUGCAGCCAGAUGCAUACUAACCUAAACCAAUUCACCCCGGAUAUGGGGUUCUAGUUGUGGUAAAGCAUGCAAUUCAGUGUCGUUCAUGUCAAGUCUCGUAGAUGGAGUUCGUGACGAAUGUUUGUUAACACGGAAUAAUAUUAACCCAGGUCAUUGACAGGGGUGUUUCCCUUUGUCACGGAAAGGUGUAUAAGAACAGUCACAGUUCCAGGAAGCCAUUAUUAUUUCUUUCACAAUAAUACACAGCUCCCUCAACGGCAGCAAAAUGCGUACUUUUCAACUUAAUUUAGUUGGUUCAGGUGUUUCCCCUUCCUUUUGUAAAGGGGGAAGUCGGAUCUGAUCAAAGUUAAACGGUUGACGCUCGCUUUUCUAUGCUAUUUUUGGGAUUUUUGUUUUUCGAAAACCGUUGGAACAAAAUUAUACUUUUAUGCAUUUCAUACCUUUUUUAAAUAAAUUUAAACUAGUUCUGCAAAUAUUUUUAAUUGAUUAAGCAGAAUAUUUUCGGAGAAACACCGAUCAACUGAUAACAAUGAAGAGGUGCUCCACUGAUGCUAUUAUUUCGAACUAUCUAACUAUCUCAAAUCAAAGUGUGUGGGGUCGAAAUCAUGUCAUUUCUUGUAGAAUCUUAUUUGACAGUUGUCUCAAAGGAGCUCAGUCGAAAUUUCGGAUAGUUAAAAGGAAAUUUAUUAUAUUUUCUUUAUGUAAGUGGAAUACAAAAAAGAGGGAGGGGAGGCAUCUAUAAAUGGCUGCCCGUCAGCGACAACUAGGCCUACUGGUAGAAGUUUUCAAAGCGCAAUUAAUGAGAAAUCGCCAUUUUAAACAUAUGUUUAUCAAAAGAGGUUCAAGGAGUACAUUUGAAUCAUCAAAAUAGGAUGAAAAAAUCAUCUAAUCUAACAAUUACCAAAAAAAAACUGUUUCAAUCCACUUAGUUAUGUAAUGAUUCUCAUAUUACUCAUAUACUCACAAUUAUUACUGUGGGAUUCUUCAUAAGGAGUGUGCAAACCCCUCGUUGUUUCCGGCCGAGCGGCGGCGGGAAGAAAAUAACGAAAAGGGAUGUUUCUUUCUGAUUUGAAUGGAAACUUGUAACUCUCUGUGUUAAUAAACCUUUUUUCUGUAUUUCUUCACUUCAAUUUCUUCUCAAUUAACUGGCUACACUCUUGAAUACACUCUAGGAUCAAUUUAAUAUCGGAGCUGCUUUUGCCGUAAUCUAUCUACAGCAGAAGUUAAUUGAUUGACUGUUUCGGUUAUCGCGUAUUACACUACUAACGACUAACGAUUUGUCUACGGGCCGACGACCGAGACUAACGGCUGUUUACCGCGCACUCUUUAAAACUGAACUAACUGCUAACUCUUCCCAACUAUGGGUUUAUAAGUUCCUAACAUUUACUUUCGGUCGAAGCCCGAAGAUUUUAGUACAAGCCGAGCUUGUGAUUUUAAGUAGAAAGUUCAUCCGACUUUCUCCCGAAGUUCUACCGAAAGCCGAGACUACUGUCACUAUGCCAGAGGCAGUGACCAGUGUCCGUGAAAAUAACUUUGUUUUUACAACAUUGCUGCGCUGACUAAUGCUCGAAAAUGUGCACGCUUCUAUAACAAAGUUUAUACUUGAAGGUUGCGGCUACGCUGAUAUGAGAGUUUCCUUCACAGUUUUCCUACUUUUUCUACAAUACUAGCAAAUUCGAAGGAAAAUUUUCUAAGGGCGCUGCAUGCCCCCUUACUUACUGAGCUUGAUUUUACCUGAAGGGUGAACAUCAAGUCGAAUGCGUUGGUUUAUAACAUUAAGGUUUGUAGCUGGAUCACAAAUUUCCGUAAUUAUAAUUACUAUUGCCGGACUUCUUUACAUAUGGUUUAUUUUUUGUUUUGGCUAUACGCAAAUUAAAUUUCCUAACCUUACGAUGAUCCGCGUGUGUGUGUUCUCCUCUGACGCCAUCCUGUCCCAUGGUAUGCUUCUAUUGUUGCUUUAUCUGUGGGAGUGAUCGAACGGUUGCUAGUCUCGGGCUCUGGGUUCCGUGUCGUUCUCGUUCCUAAUAGCUCGUCUUCUGUGUUGGUGAUACGUGUUAGGGCUUCUCGUUGUUAAUGUACUCGCUUCAUUGGGCAUAGUUGAAAAUUGAUCAUUGACUCCUUUGCGUUUUGGGCCUCAUAGAGAUUACUGCCAGUAGUAAUAAUAAUUCCGUAAACAUAUGUGAUGAAGCUUCUUCGUUGAUUAGUCAAGUAUUGGUAUUCUGUAUUGUUGUUUCUCAUCAUGGCUUCUCGUUGGGUACAAUGUGUUAAGGCUCCUAGCAUCUUUUAUGCAUUUAAUUUGAUUUUGUGGUUAUUUUCUUCUAGUGUUUGUUGUUUAAGUUUUCACGUAUUAAUAAACUUUGAUUUUCCUAUAUUUGUUUACGGUAGUAUUCAGCUGAGCUUUGACGAUGCUCACUGAAUAAAUUAUGGGGUAGCAAUUUGUAACGUUGUGGCAUACCCACGCAAGUCAUCUUUAACUGUGUUGACUGCGUUUACUUCCUUCUUGUUUUGUUAUCAGUUGUACCUGUUGAUGUAGCAAUUUGUAGCAUUGCCAUUAUUUCGAUUUGUUAUCACGUCUUCCAUAUAAAACUUUUUCGUAAUUUUUCUGCCUCGUUUUUUUUUCAACUCGUAAUUGCCUCGAUUUUUCAGCUCUGCUGUUCUUCCUUCUGACAUCUUGGUGAUUCCCCGGUUCCCUUUGUCUUCAACUUGCCACCGCAUCCGAUCACACCCUCUCGUUCUCUUAGGUAGCUUGGCUAAGCUACUGACAUUCUUCCUUCUGCGACGACUAUUUUCUCGGGCACACACUGUUUGGGACUCCAUAAAAAACUCCUACUCAUUUUGUAUGAUUCUGUGCCUUUAAUGUAAUUGAAAUAAUGUUAUUAUUUGUAUAUACGUAUUUUUUUUUUGUUUUAAUAAUCGCAUUGUGCAUCAUAUUCUCUUAUAUUUUUUUCGUUAUCAUAUC